GCCGGCCCAAAGCAAGGGCAAGACGGUGGCCGACGAGGUCGGGCAUGGAGCACCUGGAACGCUGCGCGUGGUUCCUGCGGGGGAUGCUGGUGCGGGCGGCGGUGAGGCGCUACCUGCCCUGGGCGCUCGUGGCUUCCAUGGUGGCGGGCUCCGUCCUCAAGGAGUUCUCCCCGCUGCCCGAGAGCUACCUCAGCAACAAGCGCAACGUCCUGAACGUGUAUUUUGUCAAAAUGGCCUGGGCCUGGACGUUCUGUCUCCUCCUGCCCUUCAUUGCCCUCACCAACUACCUCCUGACGGGCAAGGCCGGCCUGGUCCUGCGGCGGCUCAGCACCCUGCUCGUGGGCACGGCCAUCUGGUACGUCUGCACAGCCCUGUUCUCCACCAUCGAGCACUACACGGGCCGCUGCUACCAGUCCCCCGCGCUGGACGGGCUCCGGCAGGAGCCGCAGAGCAAGCAGCAGUGCCAGCGGGAAGGCGGCUUCUGGCACGGCUUCGACAUCUCGGGCCACUCCUUCCUGCUGGCCUACUGCGCCCUCGUGGUCGUGGAGGAGAUGGCCGUGCUGCGCGAGGUGAAGACGGAGCGCGGCCACUCGCUGCAUGCUGCCGUCACCGCGCUGGUGGUGGCCCUGGGCCUGCUGACCCUCAUCUGGGUGUGGAUGUUUCUGUGCACGGCUGUGUAUUUCCACGACUUCUCCCAGAAAGCGUUCGGCACCUUGUUCGGGUUGCUGGGCUGGUACGGGACGUACGGGUUCUGGUAUCUGAAGCCCUUUUCGCCGGGACUCCCUCCCCAGAGCACUAGUUUGAGUUUGAAGCGAGACAGCUACAAGAAGUAAAGCCGGGAAGAAGCGGGGGCGGGAGUGGCCGGACGACCCUCGUGUGUUUUAGUUGGCGGAAUUACUGAUCCUGCUUCUCCCAGGCAGUUCGGGGGAUUGGUGCUGGAGUCUGGGGAGCUACUCUUGGCGACGGCACCGGGUCACAAGCACCAUCCUUCCCACUCAGGCACGGCUUGUCCCUGGCAAGACCUGACCGGAGCCUGGAACACCCCUUUUGUCCCGAGCGCUGAGAGCCAGGGCUCAGCCAAAGGACGGAAUCAGGAGAGCCUCCACGGAGCGGCCACGGGGGUGCCGAGCCCCGGGCUCCCUGAUUCCCCGUGCCUUUCUGUUUGAGUGGCUCUCGUGGUGUGUGGCACAGUGUUUCCCUGUGGUCAGUUUGCACACGCUUUGAUUUCCGUCAGGGUUCUGGAAGAUACUCUGGUUGUAGGUUUGUGUCCCCCUUGGAACGUUCACUGUUGCACCUGGCGCGUGACCAGCCGCCCCAGCGCCCUUCAAUCUGCAGUGCCUCCGAGCCUCAGUGCCGACUGACUCGUAUGUAACAAACAAUGGAACUUCCUGUCCGUGGUGUCUGUUAUGUGUUGGUUUCUGGAGCAAUAAGGUUGCCUUUUCCCCCUCGACUGCACUAAUUGAGUGAACACUUUUGUAGUUUUUCGUAACCACUGUCGAGAGAGCUGGCGCGGAUGAGCCCCUGCUCCUGUGCCGUUCUUUGGCACGUGUGGCUGGUGUUGAGGGUUUAUUUGAGGACACUAAUUUACUUUUUAUAAACCAGACUCUUGGCUUAUAGUAUUAAAUUCCACCUCGUGGGGCUGUUUUCUCUGGGCGGAAUAAACUGGAAAGCACCAUUCUAAUCAUAAUUGGGUGGAUUUUAAGCUGAAUCAGAAGACUUUAGCGAAAGGUUUAUUUACUAUGAAAUUGUCCCAGCCGCACACCCUGCUCACAGGUCCUUUACUCUGCUGUGGCCCGAGGGGUUUUUACUUUUGUCCAAGAUUGGGACAAUCCCGCAGUGAAGUGCAGCGCCCCCUUCUGGCUGCAGGGAGCUGCCCUGUUUGCAAAGACCUCUUAACAUGCACCAUGGACAAAAGCAAUGCAAAGUCUGGGCCUGUCCCCCGCCCUUGACCUCAGUUGACCUUUGCUUUCUCAGCGCGGCUCUCGUGCUGUGGCCUUCGAGGUGCUGGCGAGGGGAGAUGGUCUUCCGCCUCCGUCCCACAGAGCCACAGGCCGUGCUCUGGAGCCGGGCGCCCCUCUCUGCUCCCAGACCGCGUCUCCCACUUAACUUUCCAACGCAGCCCCCUGCCUUUUGGAUAAUGAUCCUGGAAGCUGCUCUGGUGCACGCCCACCCGUCAGGCCUGGCAGUGGCAUUGACUGAUACACACUACACGUGACUGGCUCAGCUCAAGCUUAGGUUGUUAAGAGCUCGAGGGCAGGUCUUCAGGGUAAAUUUUCAUGUAUAUAUAUAUAUAAAGAUAUAUUUAAAAUACAUAUUUUAUAUCCCAUCCAGCUGCAGGUUAGCAUUAUUGAUCAACACGUGAGACAUGACAGUAUUGUACCCAGAGGGGCAGAAACCCAGGCAAUUUGAUGUCAGGUGUCCCCACCCGGGGGCUUUGGAGACGGUGGCACGAUGUGGCUGGUGGACCCGAGAGACCGUUUUGCCUCCUGGCCUUCGCCUUUGUGAAGCGGGGGUGGGGGGUGCAGGCGGGGUAGGCGGCAGGGGCCUCGCUUGUUCAGCACCAGAAGGGGAGAAGCACCUGCGGAGUCCAGAGUUCGCAGGCCCACGUCAGUCUCCAGACGCGUCCCCUGGGCAGCCCGGGCUCUGGCUCGGCACUAAAUGGGCCGUGGGGAAGCGGCAGUCACCGGCCCGCCGUGCAGCCCAGGCGCCCACCACUUGCUGCCUUUUCCUUGGGAGCCCCGUGUGAGACCGCCUGGCAGAGGUGGAAGAGUGGGGCUCAGGCGGACAAGAGGGGUGGGGUGUGGCCGUGGGCAAGCUUCAUUUUCCCCAUCGGUGUUGUCAGGGGUGAGGGAUGUGACGCGUGUAGCUGCGUCACAGACAACGAUGCCCUCAUUCCCCUUUUCUUGGCUAAGCCUCUAGAGCGUCCUGGCUGGUGGCGAGAAGCCUGACAAGCGAGCCCCUUUGGGGUGCCGGGAUCCAGGUUUCCCAUUACACUAGUUUGCAGAGUCUCCUGUCCCCAGGUCUGAGCAAGAAGGUCUGGGGGCCUCUGCAACCCCAGAACACUGCUGUGGCUUCUGCCUCCCUGUGUUGAGGUUCAGCCCCUGGCGCCUCAUUUUCCACGUGCAUCUGCUGUAGUCUGGGUACCAGAUUGUAUUUGGAGAAUGGCUGUUGCCACGGUUACGUGCACAGAUGUCGUGUGUGUAAACAAGCAAAUUGAAGUAAACUGGAGAUAAGGAAACCUCA